UGGGCCGUGAGCGCCUGAAGUUGCUGCUGUUCCUCUCUCUCUCUCUGAAUGAAGAUUGAGCUUCACUCCAAACUGCAACGUCUUUACUCUGUCCAACAUCUACCAACUGAAGACGGAAGUUUCAAAAUCAACAGCUUAUGCCCGAAACAUCGAUGCUCCUGCUCCUCGGAUUCUGCUUGACCUGCUGUGCUUUUCCAGCACUACACUUUUUGAUUGACUCUCCAGCGUCUGCAGUCUUCGCUUUCACGUCAAUGUUUGACAGUCACUCAAUCCAUAGGAACCACAACUAUUUUUGACAAUACUUCUGUGAGAAGCAGCAACGCUUUUGGUUUUCAGUAGAUUUUCAGUAUCAGUGGGACUGGAUGAGAGAGACUACUGUUGCAGUGCACUGUGUGUGAAGUCUGAAACAGUUAUAAGGCCUGGAAAGAGGAAUUCAAAGUGGUGGGGGUCUCUACAAACGUUUGUGUGCAGCUGAAGUUUCGGCCAUGGAGAAUCCUGAGGAAUCCCGCCCCGUGGAGAAACCGUGGAAGUGUGGUGACUGCGGGAAAGGCUUCCGUUUCCCAUCUGACCUGGACGUUCAUCGGCGUGUUCACACUGGGGAGAGGCCAUUCUCCUGCCCUGAGUGCGGGAAGGGCUUUACCCGCUCUUCCCACCUGCUGGCCCACCAGUGGAUCCACACAGGGGAGAGGCCAUUCACCUGUCCCGAGUGCGAGAAGGGCUUUACCCAAGCCGCUGCCGUCGUGGCUCACCAACGGGUCCACACUGGGCUGAGACCCUUCCCCUGCCCUGAGUGUGGGAAGGCCUUCAGCAAAUCCUCUGACCUGCUGGUCCACCGGCGGUCCCACACAGGGGAAAGGCCCUUCAGCUGCCCCGAGUGCGGGAAGGCCUUCAGCAAUUCCUCCGCCCUGCUGAGGCACCAGCGAGUCCACACCGGGGAGAAGCCAUUCUCCUGCCCUGAGUGUGGGAAGAGCUUUAACCGCUCCUCCCACCUGCUGACCCACCGGCGGGUCCACACGGGGGAGAGGCCCUUCAGGUGCCCUGAGUGUGGGAAGGCCUUCGGUGAUUCCUCUGCCCUGCUGAAGCACCAGCGGGUCCACACGGGGGAGAGGCCGUUUUCCUGCCCUGAGUGUAAGAAGAGCUUUAAAUGCUCCUCCGACCUGCUAGCCCACCGGCGAGUCCACACGGGAGAGAGGCCCUUCAGUUGCUCAGAGUGCGGGAAGGGCUUCACCCAGGCCUCCAACCUGCUGACCCACCAGCGGGUCCAUACACAGGAGAGGCCCUUCAGCUGUCCCGAGUGUGGGAAGGCCUUCAGCAUUUACUCCAACCUGCUGAUGCACCAGCGGGUCCACACCGGGGAAAGGCCAUUUGCCUGCCCCAAGUGCGGGCGGAGGUUCACGUGGUUGAGUAACUUGCAGAGGCACCAGCGGGGGCACAAAUGCUCCCAGCAAUCUGAUUCUGUCAGUGACGCCGCUGUGGAUCGGCCCCAGGACUGAACCUGCUGCCCGUCCUGACAGUGGGUGCAGUGGGAGAGUCUGUGAGUUUUCUUUGUUUUCUGCUGGACUGCACCCCAGCACCCCUCCCACCACCACCACCACGAACCUCCCAACCCCACAAUGAACCACCUGUGAGCCAAUAGUUAAUGCCGCUGCCUCGCAGUGCCAGGGACCUGGUUCGAUUCGCCCCUCGAGGUGACUGUCUGUGUGGAGUUUGCACAUUCGCCCCCCGCCCAUGUCUGCAAGGGUUUCCUCCAGGUGCUCCAGUUUCCCGUCUCAGUCCAAAGAUGUGAAAGUGAAUUGGCUAAGCUAAAUUAUUCCAGACUGUUCAGGGAUAUGUAGGUGUGCAUUGUUCAGGGGGAAAUGUAGAGUAAUUGGGUAGGGUAAUGGGUUUCUCUUUGAAGGGUCAUUGUGAAUUUGUUGGGUCAAAGGGCCUGUUUCCACACUGUGGGGAUUCGGUGAGUUUGCUUCCAGUGGGCGCUGCUGCUCAUUGAGCCCAGAACUGCACGUACCCACUGAAACGAUCCGUACAUACCAAAGAUGGCGUCCAAACCAAUGUACCAAACCCGAAAAGAACCCAACUAUGCCUGCCUCUUUGGGUACGUGGAACAGUCUAUUUUCCUCACGUACACCGGCACCAUCCCCUACCUGUACAUCGAUGACCAUAUCGGCACUGGCUCGUGCACUCACGAGGAGUUUGAGCAGUUCAUCAUUUUCACCAACACCUUUCAUCCUGACCUCAAAUUCACCUGGACCAUCUCGGACACCUCCCUCCCUUUUCAGGACCUCUCCAACUCCGGUGACUGACUAACCAUGGACAUCUACUGCGUGCCCACCGACUCCCACAGCUACCCAGAUUACACCUGUAAAAAUGCCACCCGCUGGUGCAUCAGCAGGUUGGAGUAAAUGCUGAAGGCCUUCCCACACUUGGGGCAGCCUCCGCCCCAUCCGUUCCUGGGAUGACCAAUUUGACCUUAAAACAACCCAGAUUGCCGCCUCCAUCCAGGAUCACAAUUUCCCUCCCCACGUGGUUGACGAUGCCCUCCAGCACAUCAUCUCCACAUCCUGCAACACAAACCUUGAAAACCACUCCUCCCAACACAACAAGGACAGAACCUUCCCCUGGUCCCCACCUUCCGCCCCACCAACCUCCGGAUACGUUCAUCAUCCUCCGCUAUUUCUGCCACCUACAAACAGACCCCACCACCAGGUAUAUUUUUCCCUCCCCGCCCCUAUCAGCAUUCCAGAGAGGCCAUUCCCUCUGUGACUCCCUUGUCAAGUCCAUGCCCCCACCAGCCCGCAACCCACUCCCGGCACCUUCCCCUGCCAGCACAGGAAGUGCAAAACCUGCACCCACACCACUCCUCUCAACUCUGUCCAAGGCCCCAAAGGAUCCUUCCACAUCCGACAGAAAUCUACCUGUACCUCCACCAGUAUCAUUGACUGUAUCCAUUGCAUCCAAUAUGGUCUUCUCUACAUCAGAGAGAUAGGAUGCCAACUUGUGGAUCGUUUCAGAGAACCCCUCUAGGGCACCCGCACCCACCAACUCAACUUCAACUCCCCAUCCCAUUCCGUCAUGCAGGUCUUGGGCUGCUGCCAUCGCCAAACCUUAUCACCUUGCGCGUGGAUAAGAACACCUCCUAUUCCGCCUUGGGACCCUGCCACCACACUGGAUCAAUGUGGAUUUCAGCAGUUUCCUCAUUAAUUCCCCCCCCCAACAUUAUCCCAGUCUCAAGCCUCCAACUCGGCAGCGCCCUCCUGACCUGUCCAUCACCUUUCCCAUCUCUCCUGUCCAACCUAUCACCUUCAUCUGCCUAUUGUGUUCUCAGCCCUCCCAGUCCACAAGCCUCAUUGCUGAUGAAGGAUUUGUGCCCUAAACAUUGAUUCUCCUGCUGCUUGGAUGCUGCCUGAUCUGCUGUACUUUUCCAGCACCACACUCUCAACUCUGUCUAACUGUCCACGAUUCAGGCUCACUGCCUUUAUUCCUGAUGAAGGGCUUUUGUCCGAAAUAUCGAUUUCGCUGCACUUUGGAUGCUGCCUGUCUUCUUCCAGCACCACUAAUCCAGAAUCUGUCUAACUAUGUCAGAGAUAUAGGACUGACUCCAUACUGAUCCACAGACCAACUGAUGGGACAGGAAACCGCUUCCUUUCUCAAGACGACUGACUGAUCUACUGAACCUCUCCAGUGCCCCACUGCCCUCAGUUACUUGGAGGGGGUCCACACACAUGUGCCUAAGGUGGUGCUUGAAACCUUUACCAUCUCUUUGUGACUGAUUCCCAUUCAUUCGAUGCUAUGCCUGGAAACAGACCGUUGAGUCCAACCAAUCCGUGAUCCCCGACUGAACAAGUCCCAAGGUAGAAGACAGAGGGUGGUGGUGGUGUUUUUCAGACUGGAAGCCUGUGACCUGUGAAGUGUCACAAGGAUCGGUGCUGGGUCCUCUACUUUUUGUCAUUUACAUUAAUGAUUUGGAUGCAAGCAUAAGAGGUACAAUUAGUACGUUUGCAGAUGACACCAAUAUUGGAGGUGUAGUGGUCAGCGUCACCUCAGAUUACAACAGGAUCUGGACCAGAUGGGCCAAUGCGCUGAGAAGUGGCAGAUGGAGUUUAAUUCAGAUAAAUGUGAGGUGCUGCAUUUUGGGAAAGCAAAUCUCAGCAGGACUUAUACAUUUAAUGGUAAGAUCCUAGGGAGUGUUGCUGAACAAAGAGACCUUAGUGCAGGUUCAUAGCUCCUUGAAAGUGGAGUCACCAGUAGAUAGGAUAGUGAAGAAGGCGUUUGGCAUGCUUUCCUUUAUUGGUCAGAGUAUUGAGUACAGGAGUUGGGAGGUCAUGUUGCGACUGUAUGGACAUUGGUUAGGCCACUGUUGGAAUAUUGCAUGCAAUUCUGGUCUCCUUCCUAUCGGAAAGAUGUUGUGAAACUUGAAAGGGUUCAGAAAAGAUUUACAAGGAUGUUGCCAGGGUUGAAGGAUUUGAGCUAUAGGGAGAGGCUGAACAGGCUGGGGCUGUUUUCCUUGGAGCGUUAGAGGCUGAGGGGUGACCUUAUAGAGGUUUACAAAAUUGAGGGACAUGGAUAGGUAAAUAGGCAAAGUCUUUUCCCUGGUGUCGGGGAGUCCAGAAAUAGAGGGCAUAGGUUUAGGGUGAUAGGGUAAAGAUAUAAAAGAGACCUAAGGGGAACUUUUUCACGCAGACGGUGGUACGUGUAUGGAAUGAGCUGCCAGAGGAUUUGGUGUAGGUUGAUACAACUGCAACAUUUAAGAAGCAUUUGGAUGAGUAUAUGAAUUGGAAAGGUUUGCAGGGAUAUGGGCUGGGUGCUGGCAAGUGGGACUAGAUUGGGUUGGGAUAUCUGAUCGGCAUGGACAUGUUGGAUGGAAGGGUCUGUUUCCAUGCUGUACAUCUCUGACGCUACGACCUGCCUGCUUCUGGCCCUUAUCUGGUAGUCCUAGACAUGGAGGUGCACAGGACGGAAAAGACCCUUCGGUCCAACUCAUCCGUGCUGAUCAGAUAUCUUAAUCUAAUCCUACCGAAGGAUGCAGGAUUAAGAGACCUCAACAAGCUGUAGUAAUGGACUCAUUUAAAGUAUGGAAUCGGGAAAAAAGCAUUUUCAUUUCAUACUUUGGAGACCUGGUAACUAGAUUUAGCCAGUUUACAAUAAUAUAUAUAAAAAGAAGAGGAUCAUAAUACAUGGUAAUGGAAAAAUAGAUAAGGAAUGGAAGGGGGAAGGUUAGAUAAAAUACAGUGAAAUGAGGGGAUUUCAUGCCAACUUAAUUUAGCAGUAUGUGUGAAAAUAUAGAAACAGCAGUAGUGAACAUGACAGCAAAAUGUCCCUUUCAUAAAGAGCAUGUGCAAGAAAUCAGAGCAAUACAUAAAAUCCUUACAAUGCAGAAAGAGGCCAUUUGUCCCAUUGAGUCUGCACUGACCCACCAAAGAACAUCCCACCCAGAAUCAUCCCAUCCUUCUGCAUUUACCAUGGUCAAUCCACCUAACCUGCACAUCUUUGGAUUGUGGAAGGAAACCCAUGCAGACAGGAGAACAUGCAAACUCCACACAGUCAGUUGUGGCUGGAAUUGAACCUGGGUCCCUGGCGCUAUGAGGGAGCAAUGCCAAGCACCGUGCCACCCCAAUAUGUUAUAAGAUUUUAACAAACCCACGAUGUACAAAUUCCAUAUUCUUAACAGGGAUGGCGCGGUGGCUCAGUGGUUAGCACUGCUGCCUCACAGCGCCAAGGACCUGGGUUCAAUUCGUGCCUUGGGUAACUAUCUGUGUGGAAUUUACACGUUCUGUCUGCGUGUGUUUCCUCUCACAAUCCAAAGAUGUGCAGGUUAGGUGAAUUGGCCAUUCUAAAUUCCCGUAGUGUUAGGUGCAUUUGCCAGGAGUCUUGGUGGGUUGCUCUUCGGAGGGUCAGUGUGGAUUUAUUGGGCCGAAGGCCUGUUUCCAUACUGUAGGGAAUCUAAUCUAAUCUGAAACUGCAAAUUUGUCUGUGAAGAACUUACUGCAAAAGAUUGGGAGCAAGAAUCAAUAUGAAAUUUUCUUGGGAGAGAUUAAUGAUUGAAAAUCUUCGACCUCUGUAGUGGUCUGCAAGAGAGAGUGUUGGAGACAGAUUCAAUUAUUGCAUUCCAAGAGAGUUGGAUCGUUAAACUGAAAAGGAAAUUAAUCACAGUGAUCAGUGAAGAGUAGUACUGGUUGCUGCGGUGAUUAUAAUUAUGUCAGUAGGUUCCCUUAUUGGGGGUGUUCACCUGCUCUUGUUAACAUUUCUCGUCGAUAACUUUUAGAUUCCCAAUAUCUGUAUGGUGCUUUCUCUGUUCUCGUAUCUAUUUGAAUGACUGUGUCAAAUUUUGAUUAUAAAUUGCUCCUGUGAAACCUCAUGAGAGGGUUUAUGAAUUAAGUGUCAUAUAAAUUGUUCUGGGUCACAAUGUGCCCAAGUGAGAAAGACUAUCCUUAAAUAUUCAUUUUUAACCCAAGCAAUUAAUGUUUAGUAAACACGCAACUUGUCAUGUAUUAAUAAGAUCGGAACUAGGAAUAGGAUAUUGAGUGUUGAGAUGCUCUGUCUUUUAUUAUCAUUCAUGGCUGAUCGUUUAUCUGAAUUCUCUUUCUUGCACAUUUUCCCCAUGCCUUCACCUGAUGAAGGAGCUACGUUCCAAGCGCUUGCGAUUUCAAAUAAAUCUGUUGAACUGUAA